ACGGGUUACGUUUACGUUACAGGGGGGAGGGGGGUGGUCGCGUCGUCAGUUGGUCGUGUCGUGUCGUCGUGUCGUCGUGUCGUGAUUACGAACCAUCGUGGCGCCUUUCUCGUCAUUCUUCUGUCCUCAUAAAAUUUUUGCUAAUUGUGUAUUGCUCUAUGAAACGUCUAAAUAGUGUGCUUUUGAUGUGACGUGUUUUAUAUAUAUAUAUAUAUAUAUAUCUAUUUUUUUUAAAUUAUUCGGCGUAAGGUUGGUGUUGUUCGCGGUGGAAAAGACGACGCAAAAAAUAUUGCAGUGAGAGAAAAUGAUGCAGGAUGAAGACUUGGGUGGCUCAGUGAGAAAAAAUAUUUUCAGUCAAGGGAUAAUAAGAAUAUCACAGAUAUAUCAAAGAUACCUAGAUGUAUGGACUCCUCAUGUAAUAUCACGAUGGACAUUUGCUUUAUUCUUAUUAGUACUUUUUAUUCUACGUAUAUUUAUCUCUCAAGGGUGGUAUAUUGUCACAUACGCACUAGGAAUUUAUCAUCUCAAUUUAUUCAUAGCAUUUCUUACUCCAAAAAUUGAUCCUGCCAUGGAUUUUUUUGAUGAUGGAGAAGGUCCUGAGUUACCUACAAGAUCAAAUGAGGAAUUCAGGCCGUUCAUUAGAAGAUUACCUGAAUUUAAAUUCUGGUAUUCAGUAACAAAAUCUACAAUUGUUGCCAUGAUAUGCACUCUAUUUGAUUGCUUUAACAUACCAGUAUUCUGGCCGAUACUUGUUAUGUAUUUCAUAACAUUAUUUUGUAUCACAAUGAAGCGGCAAAUAAAGCAUAUGAUCAAGUACAGAUACUUGCCUUUCACUCAUGGCAAACCAAAAUAUCAGAACCAUGAAGACACCUCACGAUUGAUAUCAUCAAAGUGA